CAAGCUCCUUUAAGAAUGAUCCCAGCUUUGCAGACGCCGUCACCCUGGAACUUCCUGCGCUGCCCAACCAUGGUCAACCCUACCGUGUUCUUUGACAUCGCCAUCGACGGUGAGCCCUUGGGCUGCGUCUCCAUCGAGCUGUUUGCAGACAAAGUUCCAAAGACAGCAGAAAACUUUCGUGCUCUGAGCACUGGGGAGAAAGGCUUUGGUUAUAAAGGUUCCUGCUUUCACAGAAUAAUUCCGGGAUUUAUGUGGCAGGGUGGUGACUUCACACGCCAUAAUGGCACUGGUGGCAAGUCCAUCUAUGGGGAGAAAUUUGAUGAUGAGAAUUUCCUCCUGAAGCAUACGGGUCCUGGCAUCUUUUCCAUGGUAAAUGCUGGCCCCAACACAAACGGUUCCCAGUUUUUCAUCUGCACUGCCAAGACUGAGUGCUUGGACGGCAAGCAUGUGGUCUUUGGCAAGGUGAAAGAGGGCAUGAAUAUUGUGGAAGCCAUGGAGCGCUUUGGGUCCAGGAAUGGCAAGACCAGCAAGAAGAUCACCAUUGCUGACUGCGGACAAAUCUAAUAAUAAAUUUGACUUGUGUUUUAUCUUAACCACCAGACCAUUCCUUCUGUAGCUCAGGAGAGCACCCAUUCAUCUCCAUCUGCUUGAAAUAUCCUAUAAUCUUUGUGCUCUCAUUGCACUUCUUUGGGUUCCAUAUUUUCCUUAUUCCCCUCCAAGUUUAGCUGAAUUGCAAAGUUAAGUUUAUGGUUAUGAAAUAAAAACUAAACAACCAAAAAAAAAAAAAAA